CAUAGCGCCCGGCACGUCCUUUUGUUACCAGACGUUAAAUGCAUCAUCAUCACCAUAGUUCGUGUACUUAUGGUGUGCCGUAGUCGCCGUGGUCCUGCGGGGCAGGCCCUGGACUUGGUCGUGCAUGUUGGGUCGUAACAUCAGGUCUCCCUUCCAAAGGUCUAGUCCCGUAGACCUAUAAGUAGGUGUUUGUAGGCCCGGGUUGGGGUCCGUUAAGUUUGCUCGUUGCAAUAUGCUGACACAAUGUCAGGUCGUGUCCAAAAACGUUACUCGAAAGAUUCUGAUUUAACGCUCCGAUCGGCUUAUGACGACGUAUUUGAUCGCUUUGGUUCUAACGACAUUAUGCCUUAUACGCAAUGCUUUCGUGCAAAGCGCGUAUGUCGAAUAGCUAAGGGUGCUAAUACGUGUCAAGGUUAUAAAAACCUAAAGCGUCCUUAUGAUGGUCUUGUCGUGGCAUCGAGUCGUAAGCUAAGUAAUCAGCGUCAAGAAUGGGAGGAGAAGGAGGAGCAAGCUAGCGAUGCCUUACUUGGUCUUCAUAAGAAAUUAACUUAGAUCCAGUCUGAGGUUGCCAAGGCGGCGGGUCGUCUUACUCAUAUACGGGCUUUUCGGAGGAAGGUAAAGGAGCGACAUAUUAAGACGUUUGCUCGGGGUAUACAGGAACUAGAGGAAGAGGAUAACAUUCUUCUUAUAUUAGAUACGUAUAAGCGGUAGAUUAUAAGCGAUCUUUAGGCCGCUGGUGUUUCUAAUGAUGCGGACUGGUCUUCUUUUGGGAUUGGCGAUGAGUUUGCGAACCUGGGUCACUUAGUCCCG